UCAAGAAACAAUACAAGAAUUUCAGAAUUUCUUCUUCUGGGGGUUUCAGAGGACCCAAAUCUGCAACCUCUCAUAUUUAGGCUUUUCCUGUCCAUGUACCUGGUCACUGUGCUUGGGAACCUGCUCAUUAUCCUGGCCAUCAUCUCAGACUCCCGCUUGUACCUGCCCAUGUACUUUUUCCUCUCCAACCUUUCCUUUGUGGACAUCUGUGUAACUUCCACCACUGUCCCAAAGAUGCUGGUCAACAUCCAGACACAGAGCAAAGCCAUUAGCUAUUCAGGUUGCAUCAACCAGAUGUUCCUUUUCUUGAUUUUUGUAGAGUUGGACAACUUCCUCUUGGCUGUGAUGGCCUAUGACCGAUAUGUGGCCAUCUGUCACCCCCUGCACUACACAUUUAUCAUGAACAAUCAGCUCUGUGUGUUGUUGGUUCUGGUGUCCUGGAUCAUGAGUGUACUGCAUGCCUUGUUACAGAGCUCAAUGGUGCUGAGACUGUCCUUCUCCACACAUGUAGAAAUCCCCCACUUUUUCUGUGAACUUAAUCAAGUGGUUCAACUCACCUGCUCAGACAGUCUUCUUAAUGACCUUGUGAUGUAUUCUGCCACUGUGCUACUGGCUACUAUUUCCCUUACUGGCAUCCUGUACUCUUACUCCAAAAUAGUUUCCUCCAUUCGUGCAAUCUCAUCAGCUCAGGGGAAGUACAAAGCCUUUUCCACCUGUGCAUCUCACCUUUCAGUUGUCUCCUUAUUUUAUUGUACAGGUUUUGGUGUCUACCUUAGUUCUGCUGCAACCCACACCUCACAAUUAACUGCAAAAGCCUCAGUGAUGUACACUGUGGUCACCCCCAUGCUGAAUCCUUUCAUCUACAGUCUGAGGAAUAAAGAUGUGAUGAGUGCUCUGAAAAGGAUCUUAGGAGGGAAAAUGUAA